GCAUGUUGCCUGACUUAAGACAGCAGGGUCUAUGUUGGGACCUGGAUGGAUUGCCGGCUGAUGAAGCAACCUAACUGGCCAGUAGGAGAGAUCGAGGGAGUGGGAAGGCAUUCAGCCAAGGUCAAUUUGGGAAACGUUAAUUUAACCAGUUUCUGUCAAGAGCCAACAGGACAUAAGAAAGUUCAACAUAUGAGGAUGGUUUAACCACCAAGAGCAAAUUCAAAAAACUAGAGAAAAACAGAAGAGGACUAACCCAUGGCUGGAUUGUUUUAGGAUAUGGGUGGUGUGCAGUAGACCUGACACCCAGGUGGGUUCCCUGGCAGAAGGGUUCCAUGGCCACUGCAAAUUAUGACCCCCACCUGGGCGAAGGCCCAACUGAGGACUCGGUGAACCUCCUGGAUGAUUCUGACUCAUGGAGUGUGCUUUCUGAUGACUCAGUACUUCCCGACUAUGAAAGGGAGGAAAAGUAUACAGAGCCAGCUAAAUCUUUGUAUGAGGCCUGCGUUAGGAAUGAGCCCACAUCCCUGCGCAGGAUCCUGGAGAGAGGAGUCACUGAAGAUGAAGCCAUGGAACUUGACAUCAAUGGCAGGAAUGGGCUGAUGCUGGCUGUGGGGAAGGGAUUCAUAGACAUUGUCACCAUGCUGCACACAUGCACAGUAAUAGACAUCAAUCACCAAGACAACGAUGGCAAUACUGCCCUCAUGAUUGCUGCCCAGUCAGGUUUUAUCAACAUUCUGAACUAUAUCCUAAACUACUACUCUGGUGUGAACACCGAAGUCAGGGAUCCCCGCGGCUUCACAGCCCUCAUCAAGGCAGGCUUGCAGGGCCGAGAAGAGUGUGUGUCUGCCCUGCUAAUGCAUGGUGCAGAUAUAAAUGCAAUGGACCUGGUCCAAUCGAGAGGUCUAAAGGACUGGAUCCUUAGGACAGGACGUUUUGAAACUCUUAUUAGACUACGCCGUCUGCAGGCUCAUUCUGUCGCUGAGCAGUUCUGUGAAAGCUACAUUCCUGAGUGGCCUGAGCUUAAGCAUCUGGUAGAAACGGCCACCGCCACCAAAACAGGCUGCCAGGCUCUGAGGCAACGCUUAAAAGACAACUUUUCUUUCAGCUUCCCUCAAGACCCCCAAGACAAUGGAGUCAUGGACCAUAUGGUGCGUAUGACCACAAGCAUCCACAGCCCCCUGAUAGCCACUGGUUGUCGUCCACUCUGUCCCACAAGCCCCCCAGAGAUUGGCAAACGACGAUUAGCCGUCCCUGAACUGCUUAAAAAGCACAGCCGCAAGGAGUUGGAGGAGAGCACAGUGUCCCACAGUAAAGGCUCUUUAGGCACGUCAGCUUCUCCCACUGUUGUGUCAGCCUCCUCAGUAUCCCUGACCUCCUGCCGCCAGGACCCACCAUUAGGUGGCAUAAGAAGCUUCAUUCCCCACAUCAUAGCAAACAGGAACAGCAUCUUCCCAUCAGGCUGUAUUCCUAAGAUUGAAGUGACAAAGUCUGGGGAACCCACUCCAAAGAAAGAGAAAAAGAAGAAAAGGCAGAAGGGCUACCUGGAACCUCCUGUCUGGAAGUACAAGGAGGCAAAGGAGGAAAAAAAGAGGGAGAAGAAGCAGCAGGAGGAAAAGGAAAAAGAACGAGAGAAAAAACAGAAAGCGUCCAAACGCUCAUCAAGCCAAAAAUGAGGCAUUAUUUUCUCAAUGAAUUUCACUGUGAUAAAGUCAUGCAUGAGGUUUACUACAAUCCCUCAAACACAACUCCCAGGGCAAGUAAAAGUCCAUUUCACAGCAUUUUAUGAAUGAAAUCAGUCACUAUUUUGAGUUUU